CCGCUUUACAAACACCGGAGCGGAGGAGGAGUACGUGGGCUCUGAAAAAGUGUGGCCCUUCCUUUUUUUUUUUUGUAUUUCUCCACCCCUCAAAGCAUGACACGGCUUUUCCGCCGUUACAAUCCGCAAGAAGAAAGUUCGCCGAAAGCGAAGGGGAGUUGGAAUCGAGAGACGUGAAGAACCGCCGCUGUGGCGCGAGACGUAGACCGGGCCUCGGAAGUCCUGUCGGUCGGUGUCGUUUUCGUCUCCGGCUCUGGCCGGGUGAAGAUAAAUAAAUAAAAAAACGCAGUCUCUGAGAGGGCGCUUUGACAUCUCCUCCCCGCAGAGUGCUCGGCGUUUAUCUAGUGCGUCUGUGUUUUUAUUGGGACAAUGGACCGGGCACGGGGGGUCCAGACGGCGACCGGGACUCCUUGCUUUUUGAGCCGGGGAUUAAAAAGAAGUGGAUGCACUCGGCAAGGCUGAGGGGAUUGCUCAACCUGGAGGAAUUUUGGACAGAGUCCACAUGUGGUAUGAUAAGUCGUAGACGUAUCGUAAACACAAAUACAUUUAUCCAGGAGAAUUCCUCUAGAAUUUAGUCUCGACUGCAAAGAUGUUGAACUGUUCUUAGAAAUUUGCGAUGAAUGCUUUGCUUUGAAUGCUUUGAUGCGUGCAUUAGAACUUACAUUUUCCUAAUUUUCCUAACGUUUCCCCACGGAAGAUUAAUCUUCCAGGCUCCCUGUCGCGUGUAAUCUCUUCCAGUAGGGACUGCAGGAAAGUCAUCUCCUUGGAUCUUGUUGCUUUUUUUUUUCCUCACAUAUUUGCCCGGAGGUGUUUCUGUGUCCCUGGAUCGUUUCCCUGACAGGAUUUCACAAACCCAAGACCAGGAGGACCGCGCUUGCACAAAUCAUUACUGACGGAAAGAGUACAGCCAGAGACUACAGGGAAGUGCUGGGAGAUGGCUCUGCCGGCCUGUCAUUGGCAGACGCGCAUUUUAAUUUUGCGAUUUUCUUUUUAGUGCAGUUGUCCCGUCUCGUCUGCCGAGACGAUGUCUGUGCCCGUUGACCUCCGUCCUGCUUUGCCCAGCUGCAUCCCAGUAUGACUGGCUGGAGGGGGCUGGCAGUGGCCUUUUCCUUUUGUGGCUGUACGGUUUUUUUGUUGACAGACCUUUUACCAAGACGUGAGGGAACAAUGAGAGCCACUGACGGGGCUGAAUUUACCCAACGGCGUCGGGGACAGCCAGAAACGUACGGCCCCCGUUGACGAAACCGUCCUUGUUGUACUUUGACUUACCCGAGCCGGCCCCGAAACCGGACCCCGCGACCAUGAACCAGUCGGGACUGGGUGAGCUGGCGCCCACCUUCACCUCGGCUGCGAACAACGGCAGCCUCGGCGGCGGCCCCGUGAGCGUCUCCCUGAACCACUCCUGCCCCCUGGGGUGGCGGCACAACGACGGCGCGGAGGCCUGCGUCCUGGAGACGGCGGUCAUCGUCCUCCUGACCGCGCUCAUCAUCGCCGGCAACCUGACGGUGAUCUUCGUGUUCCACUGCGCGCCCCUCCUGCACCACUACACCACCAGCUACUUCAUCCAGACCAUGGCCUACGCCGACCUCCUGGUGGGCCUGAGCUGCCUGGUGCCCGCGCUCUCCCUCCUGCACUACCCGUCGGGCGUCCAGGAGCCCGUCACCUGCCAGGUGUUCAGCUACGUCAUCUCCGUGCUCAAGAGCGUCUCCAUGGCCUGCCUGGCCUGCAUCAGCGUGGACCGCUACCUGGCCAUCACCAAGCCGCUGUCCUACAACCAGCUGGUGACGCCGUGCCGUCUCCGCUGCUGCAUCGUCCUGAUCUGGGUCUACUCCUGCGCGGUCUUCCUGCCGUCCUUCUUCGGCUGGGGCAAGCCGGGCUACCACGGGGACAUCUUCGAGUGGUGCGCCCGCUCCUGGCCCACCUCGGCGCUGUUCACCGGCUUCGUGGUGUGCCUGCUGUACGCCCCCGCCGCCCUGGUGGUGUGCUUCACCUACUUCCACAUCUUCCGCAUCUGCCAGCAGCACAACCGCGAGAUCAGCGAACGCCGGGCCCGCUUCCCCAGCCAGGAGAUGGAGGCCGGGGACGGCGGGGGCGGCGGGGGCGGCCACCACGCGGGCCACGGCCCCGACCGGCGCUACGCCAUGGUCCUCUUCCGCAUCACCAGCGUCUUCUACAUGCUGUGGCUGCCCUACAUCAUCUACUUCCUGCUGGAGAGCUCGCACGUGCUGGACAGCCCCGCCCUGUCCUUCGUCACCACGUGGCUGGCCAUCAGCAACAGCUUCUGCAACUGCGUCAUCUACAGCCUGUCCAACAGCGUGUUCCGGCUGGGCAUGCGGCGGCUCUCCCAGACGCUGUGCUCCUCCUGCUCCUUCGGCGCCUGUGCCGCCUCGGACAAGGACUUCGGUGACCCCAAACCGCGAAAGAGGGCCAACUCUUGCUCCAUUUGA